GCACUAAUAUCACUCGUCCCUUUGCAUCACUUGUUGCCUCUCUCUCCAAAACACCCUUUGUUGUUCCUCCUCUCGCGAAAACGAAAGAUGAGUCUUUCUGUAGAAGCAGGAGCUGCUAAUUCCAAAUUCGAUGAUGACGGACGCCAAAAAAGAACAGGGACAGCGAUGACUGCAGCCGCACAUAUCAUAACAUCAGUGAUUGGGUCGGGAGUUUUAUCAUUGGCAUGGGCCGUGGCACAGCUGGGAUGGCUUGCUGGCACCGUUUGUCUCAUUAUCUUCUCCAUGGUCACCUUGUUCACUUCUCAUCUGCUUUCCGAUUGCUACCGGAAUCCGCUCACCGGAAAGAGAAAUUAUUCCUACAUGGAUGUUGUCAACUCUAAUCUAGGUGGGCUUCAGAUUCAGCUCAGUGGGAUUGCUCAGUACAGCCUUCUUUUUGGAAUUACUAUUGGAUACACUAUCAUUACUGCUACAAGCAUGGCGGCAAUCAAGUGCGGAUCCAAGGAGGACUGUCAUACAUCAGAAAAUGGGUUCAUGGUUAUAUAUGGGAUUGUGCAAAUUGUUCUUAGUCAGAUACCAAACUUUCACAACCUCGCGUUUCUCUCCCUAAUUGCUGCUGUCAUGUCUUUUGCAUACUCUUUUAUAGGCAUUGCCCUCUCCAUGACUAAAAUCAUUCAAGGAAACGGACAUUUUGUAAGAAGUUUGACAGGAAUACCUGUUGGGUGGGAGGGCCUCACAAGUGAAAAUAAAGUAUGGCAAAUUCUAUCUGGCAUGGGAGACAUUGCUUUUGCAUUUGCUUUCUCUCCGCUUCUUACCAAUAUCCAGGACACACUGAAGUCGAGUCCACCUGAGAACAAAGUCAUGAAGAAAGCUACUACACUUGCAAUCUUUGUAACAACUUUCUUCUACAUGCUGUGUGGCCUGAUUGGUUAUGCUGCAUUUGGAAAUGAUUCACCAGGAAAUUUGUUGACGGGAUUUAGUUCUUUCAAACCUUUCUGGAUUGUGGAUUUUGCUAAUAUUUGCAUUAUUGUGCAUCUUGUUGGAGCUUAUCAGGUUUUCUGCCAACCAAUAUUUGCAUUCAUCGAAGGUUGGAGCAGCGGAAAAUGGCCUGAAAGUGACUUCAUUACAAAGGAAUACUCAAUUAUUAAUGGCAAAAUAACCUUCAAUUUCUUUCGUUUAAUAUGGAGGACAUCGUUUGUGAUACUUACAACUGUACUGGCCAUGAUCUUCCCAUUCUUCAACGACUUUGUUGGUCUUCUUGGUUCCAUAAUAUUCUGGCCGAUGACAGUUUAUUUCCCUAUAGAGAUGUAUAUUGCACAGAAGAAAAUCCCAAGGUUUUCUGGAGCCUGGAACAGACUGCAGAUGUUAAGUUUGUUCUGCUUGAUUGUGUCUCUACUAGCUGCUGCUGGAUCAAUUCACGGGCUUAUCAUUUCUGUUAAGACAUUCAAGCCCUUUCAUGCAGAAUUUUAGACGUAAUUAGUUCCGAUAAUUAAAUAAUGAAUUGGUUAUGAUAUUGUGUUUUA